AUGUAUCGUGUGCUUGUGGGCGGAGAUGAAGGUCCAAAGCGACCACCACUUCCGGCUUUAAUUACCACGGAACCGGACCAAAGCUUCUUGUCCAAACACUACGAGUCUCUGCAGAAAGAUCCAAAUCGCGAUCCACGUGCUGGUGUGGUUGGGCCGAUGGGUAGUAGUAGUUUCAGCCUUCCUUCGGUUGAAAAGGCCAUGAUGGAUAUGGACGGGGACGAUGUUAGUGCGAAACUGGCGAGGAUGGCCGGAGCUAGUAGCACUCGUAGAGCACAGAUGGCAUCUGCACUCACAAACCCACCCUCGAGCGGACUCAAUCAAGCUCCCAUCCCUCCACCCUUGACCCGAUCAGGUACAUCCAGUGGUUCUCAACAAAACGAACACCAGGUUCUGCAGAACUUUUUCCAGAGCUUACUCAACACUAGACGUGACAGCACACCUGCUGGAGGUGCAUCCGGUGCUACUACUACCAAUCCCGCGCCGGCGCCUGGAGAUACAUCGGGCUCUAGUUCUUAG